CCGUGCGCGGCCGCUGCGCACUCGGCACUGGGCGGCGCUGGCUGGCUCCCUGGCUGCGGCUCCUCAGUCGGCGGCGGCUGCUGCUGCCUGUGGCCCGGGCGGCUGGGAGAAGCGGAGUGUUGGUGAGUGACGCGGCGGAGGUGUAGUUUGACGCGGUGUGUUACGUGGGGGAGAGAAUAAAACUCCAGCGAGAUCCGGGCCGUGAACGAAAGCAGUGACGGAGGAGCUUGUACCACCGGUAACUAAAUGACCAUGGAAUCUGGAGCCGAGAACCAGCAGAGUGGAGAUGCAGCUGUAACAGAAGCUGAAAACCAACAAAUGACAGUUCAAGCCCAGCCACAGAUUGCCACAUUAGCCCAGGUAUCUAUGCCAGCAGCUCAUGCAACAUCAUCUGCUCCAACUGUAACUCUAGUACAGCUGCCCAAUGGGCAGACAGUUCAAGUCCAUGGAGUCAUUCAGGCGGCCCAGCCAUCAGUUAUUCAGUCUCCACAAGUCCAAACAGUUCAGAUUUCAACUAUUGCAGAAAGUGAAGAUUCACAGGAGUCAGUGGAUAGUGUAACUGAUUCCCAAAAGCGAAGGGAAAUUCUUUCAAGGAGGCCUUCUUACAGGAAAAUUUUGAAUGACUUAUCUUCUGAUGCACCAGGAGUGCCAAGGAUUGAAGAAGAGAAGUCUGAAGAGGAGACCUCAGCACCUGCCAUCACCACUGUAACGGUGCCAACUCCAAUUUACCAAACUAGCAGUGGACAGUAUAUUGCCAUUACCCAGGGAGGAGCAAUACAACUGGCUAACAAUGGUACCGAUGGGGUACAGGGCCUGCAAACAUUAACCAUGACCAAUGCAGCCGCCACUCAGCCGGGUACUACCAUUCUACAGUAUGCACAGACCACUGAUGGACAGCAGAUCUUAGUGCCCAGCAACCAAGUUGUUGUUCAAGCUGCCUCUGGAGAUGUACAAACAUACCAGAUUCGCACAGCACCCACUAGCACUAUUGCCCCUGGAGUUGUUAUGGCAUCCUCCCCAGCACUUCCUACACAGCCUGCUGAAGAAGCAGCACGAAAGAGAGAGGUUCGUCUAAUGAAGAACAGGGAAGCAGCUCGAGAGUGUCGUAGAAAGAAGAAAGAAUAUGUGAAAUGUUUAGAAAACAGAGUGGCAGUGCUUGAAAAUCAAAACAAGACAUUGAUUGAGGAGCUAAAAGCACUUAAGGACCUUUACUGCCACAAAUCAGAUUAAUUUGGGAUUUAAAUUUUCACCUGUUAAGGUGGAAAAUGGACUGGCUUGGCCACAACCUGAAAGACAAAAUAAACAUUUUAUUUUCUAAACAUUUCUUUUUUUCUAUGCGCAAAACUGCCUGAAAGCAACUACAGAAUUUCAUUCAUUUGUGCUUUUGCAUUAAACUGUGAAUGUUCCAACACCUGCCUCCACUUCUCCCCUCAAGAAAUUUUCAACGCCAGGAAUCAUGAAGAGACUUCUGCUUUUCAACCCCCACCCUCCUCAAGAAGUAAUAAUUUGUUUACUUGUAAAUUGAUGGGAGAAAUGAGGAAAAGAGAAUAUUUUUUAAAAUAAUUUCAAGGUUUGUGCUGAGCUCCUUGAUUGCCUUAGGGACAGAAUUACCCCAGCCUCUUGAGCUGAAGUAAUGUGUGGGCCGCAUGCAUAAAGUAAGUAAGGUGCAAUGAAGAAGUGUUGAUUGCCAAAUUGAUAUGUUUUCACAUUCUCAUUGUGAAUUAUGUAAAACUGUUAAGAGACAUAUCCUCUAAAAAGAACUUUAGUAUGGUAUUGAAGGAAUUAGAAAUGAAUUUGGAGUGCUUUCUAUGUAUGUUCUCUUCUUCAAUACUGAAAAUUUGUCCUUGGUUCUUAAAAGCAUUCUGUACUAAUACAGCUUUUCCAUAGGGCAGUUGUUGCUUCUUAAUUCAGUUCUGUAUGUGUUCAACAUUUUUGAAUACAUUAAAAGAAGUAACCAGCUGAAUGAAAAAGCAUGGUAUUUGAAUUUUAAAUCAAAGUAAAUAAAAGUACAAAGCAUAUUUUAGUUAGUACUAAAUUCUUAGUAAAAUGCUGAUCAGUAAACCAAUCCCUUGAGUUAUAUAACAAGAUUUUUAAAUAAAUGUUAUUGUCCUCACCUUCAAAAAUAUUUAUAUUGUCACUCAUUUACAUAAAAAGAUAUUUCUAAUUUACUGUUGCCCAUUGCACUUACAUUAUACCACCACCAAGAAAGCCUUCAAGAUGUCAAAUAAAGCAGUGAUAUAUAUUUGUUUAUGAAAUGUUACAUGUUGUCAAAAAAUACUGAUUUUAAAUCUUUUCCAUAUUAACAAUUUAACAGAGAAUCUCUACUGAAUUUUUUAAAUGAAAGAAGUUGUAAGGAUAUAAAAAGUACAGUGUUAGAUGUGCACAAGGAAAGUUAUUUUCAGACAUAUUUGAAUGACUGCUGUACUGCAAUAUUUGGAUUGUCAUUCUUACAAAACAUUUUUUGUUCUCUUGUAAAAAGAGUAGUUAUUAGUUCUGCUUUAGCUUUCCAAUAUGCUGUAUAGCCUUUGUCAUUUUAUAAUUUUAAUUCCUGAUUAAAAGUCUGUAUUUGUGUAUAUCAUACAUUGUUUUCAAUACCACUUUUAAUUAUUACUCAUUUUAUUCACUAAGCUCGAUAAAUCUAACAGUUACUC